AUGGUCGGAGUCAAGCGCCGCGUCGAUAACAGCGAGGAGCGCAAUGGAAAGCGCACCAAGACCAAGCAGGGUGCCGACUCGACCAAGAAAUCGAAGCAGGCUGCGCCCGUGAAAAAGACAGGCAAGAAGGACGCAAAGCCUGGAAAAGACGACAAGAAGAAAUCUUCGAAGAAGAAGGUCCAGCAGGAAGAAUCCGAGGACGAGGACGACUUUGAUCUCGACGAUCUGUCGGACUCUGGAGACGAUGAUCUCGAUGCCCUGGAUACGCUGCCAGAUGGCGAUGUCAACAUGGAUGAUGUGAACGACGAUGACGAGCCCGAUAGCGAGGAGACUGACGAGGGCAAAGGCGAGAAGGGGAAGUCGGCUACGAAGGAGGGAAAUCAGGAGAAAAACGAAAAUGCGUCAAAUAGUGUGUAA